AUGGCGUCUUCAAUCAUCAGGAAAGCCAACAUUCAAGGUGACAUCUGGCCUGGGCUUCCUAAGAGAUUUGAGACAUUUCUCUUUUUCAACAUCCUGAAGCCCGAUGAAUUCAAGAAGCAGCUGAAAACACAUCUUCCGAAAAUCACCACGGCCGAGCAUGCAUGCCAAAUGAAAGAUAAAAUUGCCGCCGAAAGGGCCAAGAACGGAAAGAAAGCGCCGCUGCUUCCCUUGCCAGGCUUCAAUAUUGCCUUUUCGUCUACGGGAUUGUCUAAGCUUGGAAAGUAUGUCCUGACUGCCGCGGAGCAGGGCGAGGUCAAGAGAGACAGGGUACUGUCCAAGAUCUUCCGCGAAAAGCAGCUCCGAGGUGGCCUUUUCGAAAAGGGCAUGUACGAAGACCUCACAGGUGAAGGGUGGGAUGAUCCCGAGGAGAUUCGCCGCGGGUACAAGCCUGAAAAUGGGCAACGUCUCAUUGACGGAGUGCUUCUGGUGACAUCUAGUGUCAGAGAAGACAUUCUGGAACAGGUUGACAAGCUCAGCAAGGCCUUCCUGGACACCGGCAUCGUAUCGUUCCCGUUGAUCAGGGAGGGUAUGGCUCGCGAUGGAGUGAACAAGGGGCGUGAACAUUUCGGUUUCGUGGAUGGGAUCAGCCAGCCCAUCAUCAAAGGUCUUGACGACCAGGCGCCUCAUGGCAAGGCUCCCGAGGGCAAAGAGCCUAAAUCUGUCAACCCAGGGUUGAUCUUUGUCGGUCACGAGGGCGAUCGUAUGGGCCAACCGAAAUGGGCCAAAGACGGGAGCUUCAUGGUCAUUCGAGAUCUCCAACAACUGGUCCCGGAAUUUGACAAAUGGCUCGAUGACAACGCGCACCGGACGCCCUUCGCCGCGGACCAUCCGAAGCCGUCGGAGAAGUUGGCGGCCUACCUGAUGGGCCGUUGGCGCAAUGGUACGCCCGUCGACGAGAACCCGCAUCACGAUGACGACCCGACGCUCCACACUUCCAACAAGUUCGACUACGAGCCCCGCGACAAGCAUGACAAGUGCCCGUUCGCAGCCCACACACGCAAGAUGAGGCCCCGGGCGGACCUGGACCACGACCACGCCGUCAUCGUCCGUCGCGGCAUCAGCUACGGCGAUGAGGUUACGCAGGAGGAAAGAGAGGCCCGGAAGUCGGAUAUGCAGGACCCGGCCAAGGAAAGAGGCCUGUUGUUUGUGUGCUACAACUCGGAUGUGCGGAUGGGAUUCAAUUUCCUGACUACUCGCUGGGCAAGCAACCACCAUUUCCCCGACCGCAAGCACAAGUUUGUCGGUAACGAGGGGCCAGGCAUCGAUGCCAUUGUAGGCCAGAGACUGGACCACCACCCAGCCCGAUCCAUUGGCCUUCCGGACGGCAAGGACCCUACGGAGCACCGGAUGGAGUUGGAUCGCUGGGUCAUCCACAGGGGUGGGGAAUAUUUCUUCAGUCCCUCGAUUGAGGCCAUGGAUACCUAUCUCACAGAGGCACCUGACUACCCUGUCAAGGCAAAGUUGUAA